AUGAGCGCAUCAGCUGGGACGGUGAGCGCCUCGGUGAAGGCGCGCGCCAGGAUACUCUACAGGGACGCCGCUGCAGCCGAGAAGGGCAAGCAGUCAAAGUACAGGGGCCUCUGGGAGUUUGUGGGCCGCGCCGGCGAGCCCAGCCUCUGGGCCUGCGUCGUCGCGGGGCCCAACGGCUACGGCCUCGAGCACGUGGAGGCGGACAGCUUUGUCGCGCUGAAGUGGGAGCCGCUAUUACUCAUGAGGGGCUUCUGCAGCGAGGGGGAGGCGGCGCUGGCCUACGACCUGGCGCGGCUGUGGCUGCGGCUCCACGCCCCUGGCGGGCACACCAGGGCCUCCCUCAGGGCAGCUGCCUGGAACCUGCGCUGCAUGAAGCCCUGGGAGCCAGACGGCCCCGCACUGAGGCCGCUGGAGCGCAUCGGGCUGGACCGACCCCAGGACGCGCGCGCCAAGAUCCGCGCCCUGACCAGAAAGCUGCUGCCCAGCCUGCCGCGCGGCAUCCUGCCAAAGCCCCGGCAGUCCCAGGUGGACAGGCUGGAGCGGGAGCGCGCGGUACGGAAGGCGGCGCAGCGACGGGAGGACGCGCGGCGGAGGGUGAAGGAGAAGGCCGAGUGGCGCAAGUUCGAGGAGGAGAGGGCGGCGCGGGGCCCCGUGACGGAUGAGGACCGCAGGGAGAUGGAGGCAGAGCGAGAGCGGAUGUGGGCGGUGUUCCGGCGGGACAGCAGGCGCGCAGCAGCGGAUCGGAAGCGGAAGCGGGCGGCGGCCGAGGAGCGUGCAGACAGGGCGGAGGCGAGGCGGGCGGCGCGGCGCGCGCUGAGGGGGCCGGUGGCGGCGUACAUGGAGGGACGGCUGCCGCGGGGCAUGCCGGCGGCGGCCGCGCGGCUGCAGGCUGAGCGCAAGCGGACGCGGGCCGAGGCUGCGCGGGCGCGGGGUGCGUAG